CGCCGCGGCGGGCGGCUGCGAGGAGCGGCCGGCGGGCGGCAGCGGCCGGCGGGCGGCGAUGGCGGCGGCGGCGGAGGCCGGUGGCGACGACGCCCGCUGCGUGCGGCUGAGCGCCGAGCGGGCACAGGCGCUGCUGGCCGACGUGGACACGUUGCUGUUUGACUGCGACGGCGUACUGUGGCGCGGGGAGACGGCCGUGCCUGGCGCUCCCGAGGCCCUGCGGGCGCUGCGGGCCCGCGGCAAGCGCCUGGGCUUCAUCACCAACAACAGCAGCAAGACCCGCGCUGCCUACGCCGAGAAGCUGCGGCGCCUGGGCUUCGGCGGCCCCGCGGGGCCCGGCGCCGGCCUGGAGGUCUUCGGCACGGCCUACUGCACCGCUCUCUACCUGCGCCAGCGCCUAGCCGGCGCGCCCGCGCCCAAGGCCUAUGUGCUUGGCAGCCCGGCCCUGGCCGCCGAGCUGGAGGCCGUGGGUGUCACCAGCGUGGGCGUGGGGCCCGAGCCACUGCAGGGCGAGGGUCCCGGUGACUGGCUGCACGCGCCGCUGGAGCCCGACGUGCGCGCAGUGGUGGUGGGCUUUGACCCGCACUUCAGUUACAUGAAGCUCACCAAGGCCCUGCGCUACCUGCAGCAGCCCGGCUGCCUGCUCGUGGGCACUAACAUGGACAACCGGCUUCCGCUGGAGAACGGCCGCUUCAUCGCGGGUACCGGCUGUCUGGUCCGAGCCGUGGAGAUGGCCGCCCAGCGCCAGGCCGACAUCAUCGGGAAGCCCAGCCGCUUCAUCUUCGACUGCGUGUCCCAGGAAUACGGCAUCAACCCCGAGCGCACUGUCAUGGUGGGAGACCGCCUGGACACAGACAUCCUCCUAGGCGUCACCUGUGGCCUGAAGACCAUCCUGACCCUCACCGGAGUCUCCACUCUAGGAGAUGUGAAGAAUAAUCAGGAAAGUGACUGCGUGUCUAAGAAGAAAAUGGUCCCUGACUUCUAUGUUGACAGCAUAGCCGACCUUUUGCCUGCCCUUCAAGGUUAAAGAUUGGGUGUCUUUAAUCUCCAGAAUAAAAAAAAAAAAAAAUUGAAAACCAGUUACC